AUGAAGCUCACGGUCAAGACGCUGCAGGGCGUCGCCUUCCCCUUAGACGCAGAGCUCACGGACGCGGUUUCCGCUGUAAAGCAGAAGAUCAAGGAGCUGCAGAAGUUCCCCGUCUCUCAGCAGAAGCUCAUCCACGCAGGAAAAGUGCUCAAGGACGACAGCACAUUGGCGGAGUACAAUGUCAAGGAGAAUGACUUCCUGGUUGUGAUGGUCACCAAGCCCAAGGCGGCAAAGCCCUCAGCUGCUGCCCCCGCCGCAGCUCCGACGUCAACUCCCGCCGCUGCGGCCGCGGCUGCUUCCCCUGUCGCUGCGGCUCCCGCUUCGGCUGCCCCCAACACGUCUUCAGCCUCCAGUAGCACUUCUCCGGCUGUAUCCACCCCGUCAGCGGCUCCAGCCACGACUGCAGCCAGCUCGUCAUCAGGAGAAGGCAGUAAUGUCGUGUCCGACGAACAGAUGAGCGCCACAGUGCAGCAACUCGUAGACAUGGGCUUCCCGGAGGAUCAAGUGCGAAGUGCGCUGCGUGCGGCAUUCAACAACCCGGAGCGUGCAGUGGAGUACUUGAUGACGGGUAUUCCCGAGCAGGCUGCAGCGCCCGCACAGACGGCUGUUCCUUCGUCUGGAGCUAGCGCUGGCAGCGACGACGUGGCCAACUCUCUGGAGGCUCUUCGUAACCACCCACAGUUCGAUGCUCUGCGUCAGCUCGUGCAGUCCAACCCGGCGGCUUUGCCGGCGGUACUUCAACAGAUCGGCGCUCAGAGUCCCGAGCUACUGCGUCUGAUCCAUCAGAACCAGGAUCGCUUCGUGCAGAUGCUGAACGAGCCCAUUGGCACCCGUGAAGCUGGAUCGGCCCCCAGCAGCGGCUCUGGCGCUGGCGCAGCACCGUUCGACCUGGGAAUGGGAGGAAAUGGCGCGAUGCCGACUCCGCAGCAGAUUCAGCAGUUAGUGGACUCGCUCACACCAGAGCAACAGGCUCAGAUGGCUGCGCAAAUGGGAAUGAGCCCGGAGCAGCUUCGUGGGCUUUCUCAGAUGCUAAGCAACUUGCCUCCAGGAGCGAUGGAGCAGAUGAUGGCGUCUAUGGGCGGCGGUGCCGGUCUUGAAGGAAUUGGAGGAGGCGCCGGUGCUGGCGCUGGCGGCCACCGUAUCAUGCUGUCCGAAGAGGAAGCGGCAGCCGUGGACCGACUGUGCGAGAUGGGCUUCGAGCGCACGGAUGUGAUUCAGGCGUAUCUCGCAUGUGACAAGAACGAGGCGUUGGCGGCCAACUUCCUCAUGGAUAGCGGAGACAACUUUGGUGGAGGCGCUGCUGGUGGCGCAGGAGGUCAGGGCGACGACAACGAAGACAUUUACGGCUAA